AUGGCCCAUAUUGGCGGAAAAAAAGACAAAGAACCAAUCGCCGGAACCUUGCUACGUUUGGUGUGCAUCCAUCGCGUAUUUAUCUACUAUCGGUUGCCCAGUCAUUCUUUUUUUGCCGUUGACACAAGCAAUAAUACCUUAAAACAUUUUACACUAAGGCAAGUUUAUAGUUUAUUGGGAACAGGCAUGAGUGCCCUUAAUUUCAAAGAUUCUUUUAAGAGUAAAAGAGCUUCUGUCAAAGGUACUGACAAAGGUGGGAAGGGCUUACGCUUCUUUGCUAUGAAAGUUUGCCAAAUUCUGCAGUUUAAAGGCAAAGCAACUUACGUUGAGGUCGCUGAAGAACUGGUAACGGAACUCUGUCUCCCAAGCUACCGUGAUCCCCUGUUUGGGCCCCUCUCGAGUGAUUUACCGGAGCCAAAAAAUAUUAAGAGAAGAGUUUACGACGUAUUAAAAGUUCUUUUAGCAAUGAAUAUUGUUUCUAAGGAAAAAAAAGUUUUUAAGUGGAGCGGAUUACCCAGCAGCUCCUCCCAGGAAUCCGUCUUUCUCAAGGAUAAGAAAUUGUGUCUUGAAAGGAGCGUGAGACAGAAAAGAGUACUCCUUAAGGAGUUGUUGGUUCAGCAAGUGUCCUUUAAAAAUCUUUUAUUCCGGAACACUGGAGCUCAGCAGCAGAGAGGCCCGCCAAGAAUUAAAGAGCGCAUCCACUUGCCUUUCAUUCUUCUCUGUGCUUCCUCUGAAACACAAAUUGACUGCGAAGUAGACAAAGACGCGUGCCAUUACGUUUUUCGUCUUAACGGCCCGUUUAGACUGUGUGACGAAACGGAGCUUUUGCAACGAAUGGGGUUGUCUCUGGGCCUGGAAACAGAUACGAAUGCAAGAGAAGCCAUUAAAAAGUGCAAAAGUCUGGUACCGCCCCCCGUGACUUCGUAUUUCGAAGGAGUUAACGGGAGGAACCAUUUAGAGCAAGAUACUCCUUCAAGCAGUCUUGAUUGACUUUGUUGCUGUUCACAUCUGAAGAGAGCCCAGAGCAAAUAGCAGUUUCGCUUUAAAGCAGCCUUGUAAAGUAAAAUUAGGCCAAUCCCUU